AUGCUGUCGAUGAUGGUCGUCGGAUCCGUGGGGCUGGGCUACAUGGUGCAAGGCAGGCGAGACCUAGAGCGAGCCAAGGACGAUGGCGAGUGGGCAGCGCUAGAGGCAACUCGGUCGCUGACCAGAGAGAGUGACAUUGGGGAGUUGAAGACACCUGUCAGGCGGAAAGCAAUGGACUUAGAGGAAGAGCUCAAGCGCAUGCAGCAGAAGCUCGAUAUCAACAACUAUGAGUACAAGCCUGUGCCCAAGCCCAAGGAAGAGGAGUGA